CUUAAAAUCAAUUAAACCUGAUUGUGAUGUUGCCACCAUAUUAUUAUUUACUUCGUACAUGUGACAUGUAUUAACAUAAACUUCAUGUAGUUGUUGAGACAUUUUAAUAUAUUGGAUGGUUUCCACCGUAUUAGUGUAAACUUCGUGUAGCUAGAAAACUUUUUUUGUUGAAAGAAAGAAGAGAUGUGACUCAUCGUGAGGAUAGGCCGCCACUUGUUUCCUCCUAUACCUGGAUCCCACUGUUCCAUGUGCACGGUAUCGCUUUUUUUAGUUCCUUCUGAAGUUACCAUUUUACCCUCAAAACCAAGAUAGCUUCGCUAUAUAACAAGACAACUUAUCUCUCCUUCAUCUUCCGACACGAUCUAAUAAUCUCUCUUCAGUUUUCGAAAAAGCCUUCUUAAAUCCUUCUAAAGAUUCCUUUAUCUAAGAAUAAAGAAGAAAUUUAACCAAAAGAGAUGUGUUAUCUGAACAAGGUUUGGAUUGCAGCAUCGUUCGUGGCUGCUCAAGGAAACCCCGAUCACGGCGUCAAGUUGAAAACCGGUCUCAGCUCCGCACACCACCUUCAACGCCGGCUUUCCUCCGAUAUCCGCCCUCUCUCCGCCACAGCUGACCCCGUAGAUGGUCCGCGUGUAGAAGAAAGACGGGUUACCUCUUCUUCCACUCCCGAUGAAUCUCUCCGUCAGAUCAUGUACCUCAACUGCUGGAGCCAAGGCUAAUUCUAGUUCCAUGCAAUCCAUCCACGGAUAUUGAUGGUGGCUCGCUCGUGGACCUGCUGGGUCGGAUAAAGCCAGAUGGAUCUUCUAAUGAUAAUUGUAUAUAUGUGAAUAUUAGAAAUGUUCAAAAAAUAUAAAAAGCAAGCGUUCGUUUAUGAGAAACAUCGUCUCUUUUCCAAAUUAUCAUCAACGUUUAAUGAAAUCUUUGAUUACCACUAA